AUGAGCUCACCAAUCCCCCGGGGCCUGAAGCAGGUCCUCCAGAAAUUACCCUCAGAUAUAGUCAUAUUAUCAGCGAAGCGAACCGCUGUGACUCGCGCAAAGAAAGGCGGGUUCAAAGAUGCCUAUCCCGAGGAAUUACUCGCGCAUGUUCUCAAAGCGACAUUGGCUGCGAAUCCCAACCUCGAUCCUGCGCUGGUCGACGACGUCGCUAUUGGCUCUGUCUUGCAAGAGCUCGGUGGCGCAAAGGCCGGCCGUAUGGCCCAGAUUCAUGCCGGGUUUCCUCACUCGGUCUCAUUCCACACGAUCAACAGACAGUGCUCGUCGGGUCUGGCAGCAAUCACCACAAUCGCAAACGGCAUCCGCGCCGGUGCUAUCAACGUCGGCAUUGGAGGUGGCAUGGAAUCUAUGACCCGGAAUUAUGGCUCGCGCGCAAUCCCGACUGUGCUAUGGCCCGAGUUGAAGGAGUCUCCAUCCCAGGAUUCGAGGGACUGCAUUAUGCCUAUGGGAUUAACCUCGGAGAAUGUGGCACGUCGAUAUGGCAUUUCUAGAGCUGAUCAGGAUGUCUUUGCUGCCGCUUCACACCAAAAGGCCGCUGCGGCGCAGGCCGCGGGCCUUUUUGACGACGAAAUCGUCCCCGUCACUACUAAGAUUCUUGAUGCGGAGAACCCUGAUGCGCCUCCCAAGGAGAUUACAGUCACCAAGGAUGAUGGUAUCCGGCCUACCGUCUCUGCUGAGAAAAUGGCUUCGUUAAAGCCCGCAUUCAAGGCUGAUGGCACCAGUACAGCCGGUAACAGCUCCCAAGUCAGCGACGGCGCAGCUGCUACACUACUCAUGCGUCGUUCUAUUGCUACUGAGCUGGGAUUGGCAUCCUCCAUAAUGGGCCGAUGGGUAGCUAGCAGUGUUGCCGGCGUCGCACCUGACGAGAUGGGUGUUGGGCCAGCAGUCGCGAUCCCCAAGCUUCUGUCGCAGGUUGGGCUGGAGGUUUCCGACGUUGGGAUCUGGGAACUCAACGAGGCGUUUGCGUCACAGGCGCUGUACUGUGUUCGUAAGUUGGGUAUUGAUGAAGCCAAAGUCAACCCCAAAGGUGGAGCUAUUGCUAUUGGUCAUCCGUUGGGUGCUACUGGUGCGCGACAGGUGGCGACUCUUUUGCCUGAAUUGGCGAGGACUGGACAGGAGGUUGGUGUCGUGAGCAUGUGCAUUGGUACUGGAAUGGGCAUGGCUGGAUUGAAUUACCUACAUAGCAAAAUUGAGAAACAGUGGCGCGAGCUCCUGGAUGAGGCUAGUCUCAAGGCCCCUGGAGUCUACUAUCCGGACGAUAGUGUCUGCGAGGACGGAACGAACGUUCCGCAGAAAAAGUUGAGGCAGCUGGAACAACAACCGCAAAACAACAACAAUGCGGCCACCAGUCCGGCUCUUGCAGCCAUUGGAGGCCCCCAGCCUCCGUCUCUCGAAGACAUUCACCAGACUCGUCGCCAUGCCGGGUCUGGAAGUACUCCCUUCACCGAGAAGCUUCGACGGCGAAUCUGGGGGACCGAUAACCCGCCCGGACUGGAAGAUCCGUACGGUGGUGAAGGUGUGAUUGCGAAUGCAUGGAAUAAACGCAAGGCCAAAUACGCCGGGGAAAAGGUAGAUGACGGACGCCAGACAGAAGUGAGCGAGCAAUUCGAGGAGGAAGAUGCUGCAGACGUAGAUACAUGGGCUGAAGACGACGUCCCUUCAGAACCGUUUGUGCCUGCGACAACAGCUCACAAUCUGAAGAGAAUGGGUUUUUUGGGCGAAUGGAAUGAUUUUGAGCCAACUGAGGGCGAUGAAUAUUAUCCAUUCGUAUCUCGCCGCAAAGCCACAACGGCCGCUCACUUCCACAGAGCCGCUCAGUCUGUCGCCGUAGAGUUGUGCAUCUUGCAUGAGCUCAAGAAGCCAUUGUCAUUAGCUUGCGAAGUAUCACAACACCACGAAAUCAUCUGGACGAUAAUCGAGAAUUGCCGGAUCACGAAACCCAAAAACCCCAUGUCACUCGAUACGGUUAUAAAGUACCCCAGCGUGAAGCUCAAAAAUAAACUUUUUUACGUCUUCAACCAACUUGGGGAGAACACUGAGGCCGCUGAAACAGCAGCUAAGAAUGAUGCCUCUGCAAACGAAGAGACGAAUUUGAGCGCCGAAGUGGAAGCCGCAGAAGCGUCUACUGAAGGAGAUGUUGAAGUUGAUGAAUCAGACUCGAGCGUUCAAGAUGAAGGGGUUUACUCCUUCGCAUUGAAAGCUAGCAAAGUACCUUCACAAAAGGGAUACCUCGAUUUCCCCCUCGCAAAUCCUGAUAUCAAGUUCGCUUUUAUCAAACGUUUCUCGCAAAUAACCGGCCAGUACCUUUCAGAUAGCAAUGUCAGCACCGCCCAGACCGUGCGGGAAGUGGUCGAACAUUUCGAGAAGACAGUUUGCCGACCGAAAAAGAUGUACAGAGAACUACGGAUCAUAACGAGUGGACAAUACAUUCCAAAUCUCAACGUUAUGAGCAAGCGAUACACCAAGGAGCAAGAGGAUCGUGAACUUGGCAGAGCAAAGCUUAUCGAGCAAGCUCUUCGCGAGAGGGGUCUAAUGCCAGAGAAUACGAAGCAGAAAGCGUUCAGCUUGUAG